UUGGCAUGGGGGUGGGGGGCCGGAUAGAGAGAAACCAUCUGCCAGCGGAGACCCAGGGAACUAAAUGACUGCUGUCCCCAGUGGCCAUGGGGAAGAAGCUGGUGAUGGCCCAGAAGCGUGGAGAGACACGAGCCCUCUGCCUGGGAGUGACAAUGGUAGUGUGUGCGGCCAUCACCUACUACAUCCUGGGUACCACUGUGCUGCCCCUCUACCAGAAAAGUGUGUGGACCCAGGAAUCUAUCUGUCACCUGAUUGAAACCAACAUCAAGGACCAUGAUGAGCUGGAAGGCAAGAAGGUGCCCCAGUACCCAUGCCUUUGGGUCAAUGUAUCAGCUGUGGGCAGAUGGGCCGUGCUGUAUCACACAGAGGACACUCGGGACCAAAACCAGCAGUGCUCCUAUAUCCCUGGCAACCUGGACAACUACCAGAUGGCCCUGGCUGAUGUGAAGAAGGUCAGAGCCAAUUUCUAUGAGCACCAGGCUUUCUACUGCUUCUCUGCACCCCAUGUCAAUGAGACCACCGUUGUGUAUCGGCGUCUCUAUGGGCCCCAAGUCCUCCUCUUCUCCUUCUUCUGGCCCACCUUCCUGCUGACUGGUGGCCUCCUCAUUAUUGCCAUGGUGAAGCUCAACAGGUCCCUAUCCAUCUUGGCAGCUCAGAGGUAGACCAAUCUACUCUGCACCACAGCGCAGGAGUCAUCCGGAACAGCAGGGGUCACAGGCAGGGUUGCUCACCACUCUUCCUUUUCUUUAUUUGUUUGACAACUUUGGGAAAUCAUUUCCAACUCAAAAAUGUUUAAUAGCCUUUCAGUGCCUUUGGAUGACAAAGAGAUAGCCAGUUACAGCCCCCUGUUCCCUGUCCUCAACUGGUUUAUGUCUGUUAACUACUAUGUCGGUAUAUACGCCCCAGAUGAUGAAUAUUGUCACCUCUGUUCCUAUGUUCUCUCUCUUAGCUCAAAUGCCAAGAUAUUCUCCUUGGCCAAAUUCAGUUUCUUUGAAUUGUCACAAAAACAAGAGCUCUCAUUUAUAGGGCAACUUAGUGUAUUGCUUUUUGUUAAAGACAUUAAGUCACACAUUAUUCUGAAAUUUAAAUUAUUGUUGUCCUUCAAUAUCCACAGAGACUAGUUCCGAGACUCCCACAGAUGCCAAAAAUCCCUUAUGUAAAAUGAUGCAGUGUGUGUGUAUGUGUGUGUUUGUGUG